ACAAGACCAGGAAGAAUAAAGCAUCCCCAUACAGAAUUAUGAUUGUAUGAGACUAGGGGGUAUACAAUCCCUCUUACAUAACUGAGUAAUAUUUGGUAUGGACUUGGUCACCAUCAUACUGUAGUAUCAAUAUAAAUAAAAUACUGGUGACACUACCCUACAGAUCAGAUAGGACACUUUUUUUGUGUGGAAUGAAAUGGAUCCUCAAUUUCAGCUUUCUUAUUCAUGAUCCAGUUGUAACAAAAUGCCACUCACAGAUUUUUCCUAUUUCCGGCGGAGUCGGUCUUUUCACAGAGACAGUACCAGAUUUUCUCAGAGUGAUGCCAAUUUGGAGUCAUCAAGAUCUCUGGCCAGGAAGAGCCUGCAGCCAAUUAUUUGUAUGUUGUUGGUGGAACUGUGUGAGAGAUUCACCUUUUUUGCCACCGUGUGCAACAUGAUCCUGUUCUGUACGCUGAAGCUUGGGUACCAGCACCACCAGGCAGCCAUUGCCAACCUUUGCUUUGUUGGUGCGUCCAUGCUAAUGCCUGUCCUUGUUGGCUGGGCUGCAGAGCUAAUUAAUGCAAGAACAAAAAUAAUCUACAUCUGCACAUUACUACACUUUGCAGGAAACGUCAUGCUGCCUGUAGUUGCAUUUCCUUUUGAAGAUUUUUACAUAGACAAACAUCAUAUUGCCCACACCCUGGCCAAGAAACACCAAACACUGCUAUUCUAUGCCGGAUUAAUAAUGGCAACAAUUGGAGCUGGGGGAAUUCGCUCCAUUGUCUGCCCGAUCAGCGCCUACGGCCUGCAAGGCUACAGACAGAAGGAAAUAAUGUCAUUCUUUAACUGGUUUUACUGGUUGGUGAAUGUGAACUGCCUGGUCGUGUUUCUGGGGAUAUCUUAUAUCCAGCAGUCGGUGGCGAAGAAUCUUGGAUUCCUCAUUCCCUUCGUGUCAGUAGUUUUGGCGCUAAUCACCAUCCACAUGGCGCGUAAUGAGCUCAUCUACCAGCCGGUGAAAGGUGGCUCUCUGCUCAUCACAGCUGGCGUCUUCCUGAACGCGGUAAGAAUGUGCUGUGUGCGCUAUCGUCAUGUCGGUGGCCGUGUUUCCUCUUGGCUGGAUCGGGCUAAGGAAAAUAAUGGAGGUCGCUACAGCGAGUACCAUGUGGAGAACACAAAGGCACUGAUGAAACUUCUGCCCCUCUUCACCCUGCAGAUUGUUUACCGAAUUUGUGUCACACAGGUCCCUUCUGGAUUUUUCAUUCAAUCAAUGAAUUCAAAUCUGAGUGUGAGCGAAGUUGUUUUGCCAAUCGCAGCAAUGAAAAUUGUUAGCAUUAUCCCUCUGAUAAUAAUGGCCCCCUGUCUAGAGAGUGCCAAUGCAUAUCUGUCUUCCAGACGUGGCUUUGGAUUUCGGCCUUCGACCUCCAUUGUUUGUGGCCAGAUUGGAGCCGCCCUGUCACUGCUUGUUGCCGGAGUCUACGAGAUCCAUCGAAAGUGGUUCCCCGUGGUUGAGCAGACGCUGUCAGGGAAAGUUUUACUGGUGUCGUCCAUGUCCUGCCUCCAACUGGCCCCUCAGUAUGUCCUGCUGGGACUGGCGGAAGCCCUGGUGGCCCCAGCCUGUUCCGUGAUAACCUUUGGCCUGGCUCCUAAACGUAUCCGCGGUAUCUGCAUGGCGGUCAUGACUCUAUUCCAGGCGCUUGGCUGCUUUGCAGGGGCGAUGCUAGUUGCAGUCACAUUUUUAUCAUCUGGAGGUGAUUGGUACCCAGGAAUUUUGUCAGGCGGUCACCUGGAAAGAUUCUUCUUUAUGCUGGGCUCUGCAACACUCCUGAAUUCUUUGCUGUUCUGGCUUAUUUCUUACAGGUAUGAUCAUCUGGAGGAAACAAAUGAUCCUGGAUUGUGUCCGAGCCUCUUGGAGGAGAAGUUGCUACUUCAUGAAAAGUCACUACGCUAUUAUGAAUCUUUCUUGGAUUGGCCGUCUGCAUUCUCUCCUGUGGAGACGACAUUAUAAAUGACCCAUCCCAGUUACAAGCACUAGGCCUGUCAUCAGAACCUGGUUAGAAAUUACUUGAAAUGAGCAUGCAACCAGUGAAGUCUACAACGCCUAAAC